AUGGACGAGGAGAGGCACAUGGGAGUGCGGGGUAAGGAGGUGCAUGCUGUGACUGGCUCCCCCUUCUCGGACCGGUCAGCUCUGGUGCUGAGGGAAUCGGAUCAGGUGAUGAUGGGUGAUGCCCGGAUGGCGGACCUGGUCACCAAGGCGGGCGCGUACAAGGCACAUGUGGGACUACAUCUGGAGGUGAUGCUUGGCCAGGGGACCGAGUUUGUAGGCAGCGUGGAGGGCAUUUGCCUGGCGGCGACCACUCUGGGUGCCUACCUUGCCAGGCCCCCCGGGUCGAUGGGCACCUACCUCGCGGAGUGCCCCCUGGCACAGGCGGAGCCCGGGGCGGCCCUCAGCCCGGGUCCCCUCCACGCCCUCAUGGCAGACAUUCGCAUCCCUGAGGCCGUGAAGGGCUCCCCCCUGACCUCCAUCAACCUCUGGGCGAGCCUGAACCGCACCGCCAGCAGCCUGCACUACGACCCCUACUGCAACCUCCUGGUGGUCGUCUGCGGCCGGAAGACGGUGCGGCUGACCCCGCCCACCGCCGACCCCACCCUGCGUGCCCACCCGGUCUGGAGCGACUCACUGAACCACGCGGACGCCGACCUGGCGCGCAGCCCACGCCUGCCCAUGACUUGCGUGUCGCUGGGCCCCGGGGACGCGCUGUUCAUCCCCGAGGGCACCUGGCACAGCGUGGCCAGCACGCCCGGCACCCUGGCCGUCAACUUCUGGUGGCGCUCGGCCGCCGGCGCGGCGCUGGAGAGCGGCGCCACGGCCUACCACUUGCGCCGCAGCCUGCAGGCCGCCGCCCUGCACGCCCUGCGCCGCGCGCUGCUGGCGCUGUCGUCCGACCCCCCCGCGCUCAUGCGCUGGGUGCACUGCACGCUGCACCGCGACGCGCACGCUCUGCUCGGCGCGCUGGUCGGUCCGGGCAGCGAACUGGCGCUGGGCGCGGUGCUGGCGGCGCUGGAGGCGCCGGGCGGCGACGAGGAGGCUGUGCGCGCUUUCUUCCAGGACCUGUACGACGGGCUGCCGCUGGAGCGGGGGGCGCUGCUGGACCUGAUCCUGGAGCGGCGGCGCGCCCUCUCGCGCCUGGCCCUGGCGGACGUGCUUGCGCGGCACGUGCCUGGUGUGCCGUGA